GAUCCGGGAACCUCGGGAGUCGGGCGCCUCACGGGAGCCGGUCCGAUCCGAUCCGAUCCGACCCGACCCGACCCGAGCCGACCCGAGCCGAGGCGAGCAGAGCCGAUCCGAUCCGAUCCGAGCGUCGCGCCCCUCGCCGACCAGGACGCCAUCUACCAUGACCACCUCGGCAAGUUCCCACCUCAACAAAGGCAUCAAGCAGGUGUACAUGGGCCUGCCGCAGGGGGAGAAGGUGCAGGCCAUGUACAUCUGGAUCGACGGCACCGGGGAGGGGCUGCGCUGCAAGACCCGCACGCUGGACAGCGAGCCCAAGUGUGUGGAAGAGCUCCCUGAGUGGAACUUUGAUGGGUCCAGCACCUUCCAGUCAGAAGGCUCCAACAGCGACAUGUAUCUCAUCCCUGCCGCCAUGUUCCGUGACCCCUUCCGCAAGGACCCCAACAAGCUGGUGUUUUGCGAGGUCCUCAAGUACAACCGGAAGCCUGCAGAGAGCAACCUGCGGUAUACCUGCAAGCACAUCAUGGACAUGGUCAGCAGCCAGCACCCGUGGUUUGGAAUGGAGCAGGAGUACACGCUCAUGGGCACCGACGGGCACCCCUUCGGCUGGCCUUCUAAUGGCUUCCCCGGGCCACAAGGUCCCUACUACUGUGGCGUGGGCGCCGACAAGGCCUACGGCCGAGACAUCGUGGAGGCGCACUACCGGGCCUGCCUCUACGCGGGCAUCAAGAUCGCGGGCACCAACGCCGAGGUCAUGCCAGCCCAGUGGGAGUUCCAGAUCGGGCCUUGUGAAGGCAUCCACAUGGGGGACCACCUCUGGGUGGCCCGCUUCAUCCUGCACCGCGUGUGUGAGGACUUCGGGGUGAUAGCGACCUUCGACCCCAAGCCGAUCCCUGGCAACUGGAACGGCGCGGGCUGCCACACCAACUUCAGCACCAAGGCCAUGCGCGAGGAGAACGGGCUCAAGCACAUCGAGGAGGCCAUUGAGAAGCUGAGCCGGCGGCACCAGUACCACAUCCGUGCCUAUGACCCCAAGGGAGGCCUGGACAACGCACGCCGCCUCACCGGCUUCCACGAGACCUCCAACAUCAACGACUUCUCGGCUGGGGUGGCUAACCGCAGCGCCAGCAUCCGCAUCCCGAGGGCUGUGGGCCAGGAACGUCGGGGCUAUUUCGAGGACCGCCGACCCUCAGCCAACUGCGACCCAUUUGCCGUCACCGAGGCGCUGGUGCGCACCUGCCUGCUCAAUGAGACGGGCGACGAGCCCUUCCAAUACAAGAACUGAGCGCGCCCCUGGCCGCCUGCUGUAGCCCUGUGCAAUAGCACCUGUGCUGCUCCUCAGCCCGCCUGCCUGUUUGCCGUCUUUGGCCAGGAGCCAGGGGGUGGGGCCUGCCCGUACCUGCCCCCUCUCCUGAGCCAGUCUCCCAGUGCCUUCGUUCGGGGUUGGGGUCCCUGCCUCGGGAGCUGGGGGUGGGUCGUGACCGAGGCCCCUCCGAGGUAGAGGUGUCCCCUUCUCAAAUGGCUCUGCCACCUCUGUGGAGAAAAGCCAAGUAAUGUUUUUAUAUUUAAAUGCAGGAGGACAGGGGUGUGGUGGGUUUAUCCAGGGAGAGCUGUCCUAGGCAGGCCGGGGCCUGGAGGGGAUAUGGGAUGUGGGCGGCAGUGGGGACAGGCAUCCCCUACCAGGGUGUGCCUCACAUCCCCCUGGUGUGUCCCUCAGGGCCCUGGCCAUUCCUGAAGUGGGCCUUUUGAUACAUUGGAUUUUCUACAGCAGAGCCAGGUUAGGUUUGAAUUGGUGGCGGCCCAUGGCCGUGGGCGGUGCCCGAGUGCGGCCCCUCCCCCACGGUGUUGUGCUGGCCGCAGUGCCGGCUGCAGCUUCCUCUGGGUGACGUCUCCUGAUUACCACGUACAGCAUGUUCAGCCUCAGAUAACUUCUCGUUGUAAACAAACUAACUGCCCGGAGCAGCGCUUAUAAACCAACCUAACGUUCACCGGC